GUGGCGGCGGCGGCGGCGGCACCGCAGACUCUGCACGGCCGGGCAGACGGCCGGACGGACGGACGGACGCGCGGACCGACCCCGCGCCUAAGAUCGCGACAGGCCCCGGCCCCGCACACCCGCCCGCGCGCCUCUCGGCCCCGCAGCCGCCAAGAUGGGGGACAAAAAAGAUGACAAGAGCUCGCCAAAGAAGAGCAAGGCCACCAAGAGCCGGGAUAUGGACGACCUCAAGAAGGAAGUGGCUAUGACAGAGCACAAGAUGUCUGUGGAAGAGGUGUGCCGGAAGUAUAACACAGACUGUGUUCAGGGUCUGACCCACAGCAAAGCUCAGGAGAUCCUGGCCCGGGACGGGCCCAAUGCUCUCACUCCACCUCCCACCACCCCCGAGUGGGUCAAGUUCUGCCGACAGCUCUUCGGGGGCUUCUCCAUCCUGCUGUGGAUUGGUGCCAUCCUUUGCUUCCUGGCCUACGGCAUCCAGGCUGGCACGGAGGAUGACCCCUCUGGUGACAAUCUGUACCUGGGCAUUGUGCUGGCAGCUGUGGUCAUCAUCACCGGCUGCUUCUCCUACUACCAGGAGGCCAAGAGCUCCAAGAUCAUGGAGUCCUUCAAGAACAUGGUGCCCCAGCAAGCCCUGGUGAUUCGGGAAGGGGAGAAGAUGCAGGUGAAUGCAGAGGAGGUGGUAGUCGGGGACCUGGUGGAGAUCAAGGGCGGAGACCGAGUCCCUGCUGACCUGCGCAUCAUCUCAGCCCAUGGCUGCAAGGUGGACAACUCCUCACUGACAGGUGAAUCCGAGCCACAGACACGGUCCCCUGACUGCACCCACGACAACCCCCUGGAGACUCGCAACAUCACUUUCUUCUCCACCAACUGUGUGGAAGGCACCGCUCGGGGCGUGGUGGUAGCCACUGGGGACCGCACAGUCAUGGGCCGCAUCGCCACUCUGGCCUCGGGGCUGGAGGUGGGCAAGACUCCCAUCGCCAUUGAGAUCGAGCACUUCAUCCAGCUCAUCACGGGCGUGGCCGUCUUCCUGGGUGUCUCCUUCUUCAUCCUCUCCCUCAUCCUCGGCUACACCUGGCUGGAGGCUGUCAUCUUCCUCAUCGGCAUCAUUGUGGCCAAUGUCCCUGAGGGCCUGCUGGCCACUGUCACUGUGUGUCUGACACUGACUGCCAAGCGCAUGGCUCGCAAGAACUGCUUGGUGAAGAAUUUGGAAGCUGUGGAGACCCUGGGCUCCACGUCGACGAUCUGCUCUGACAAGACGGGGACCCUCACUCAGAACCGCAUGACCGUCGCCCACAUGUGGUUUGACAACCAGAUCCACGAAGCUGACACCACUGAGGACCAGUCAGGGACCUCAUUUGACAAGAGCUCUCAUACCUGGGUGGCGCUGUCCCACAUCGCCGGGCUCUGCAACCGGGCCGUGUUCAAGGGAGGCCAGGAUAACAUCCCAGUGCUCAAGAGGGAUGUGGCUGGAGACGCCUCAGAGUCUGCCCUGCUCAAGUGCAUCGAGUUAUCCUCUGGCUCCGUGAAGCUGAUGCGGGAACGCAACAAGAAAGUGGCCGAGAUCCCCUUCAACUCCACCAACAAGUACCAGCUCUCCAUCCACGAGACUGAGGACCCCAACGACAACCGCUACCUGCUAGUAAUGAAGGGAGCCCCAGAGCGCAUCCUGGACCGCUGCGCCACCAUCCUGCUACAGGGCAAGGAACAGCCACUGGACGAGGAGAUGAAGGAAGCUUUCCAGAAUGCCUACUUGGAGCUCGGUGGCCUGGGCGAGCGAGUGCUGGGUUUCUGUCACUACUACCUGCCCGAGGAACAGUUCCCCAAAGGCUUCGCCUUCGACUGUGAUGACGUGAACUUCACCACCGACAAUCUCUGCUUUGUGGGUCUCAUGUCCAUGAUCGACCCACCCCGGGCAGCUGUCCCUGAUGCUGUGGGCAAGUGCCGAAGUGCCGGCAUCAAGGUCAUCAUGGUCACAGGCGAUCACCCCAUCACGGCAAAGGCCAUUGCCAAGGGUGUGGGCAUCAUCUCGGAGGGCAACGAGACGGUGGAGGACAUUGCAGCCCGGCUCAACAUCCCCGUCAGCCAGGUCAACCCUCGGGAUGCCAAGGCCUGUGUGAUCCACGGCACAGACCUCAAGGACUUCACCUCGGAGCAGAUCGAUGAAAUCCUGCAGAACCACACGGAAAUUGUGUUCGCUCGCACCUCGCCCCAGCAGAAGCUCAUCAUCGUGGAGGGUUGCCAGAGACAGGGAGCCAUUGUGGCAGUGACAGGAGAUGGUGUGAACGACUCCCCUGCACUCAAAAAGGCCGACAUUGGCGUGGCCAUGGGCAUCGCCGGCUCUGAUGUAUCCAAGCAGGCAGCAGACAUGAUUCUGCUCGAUGACAACUUUGCCUCCAUCGUUACUGGGGUGGAGGAAGGCCGCCUGAUCUUCGACAACCUCAAGAAGUCCAUCGCCUACACCCUCACCAGCAACAUCCCCGAGAUCACGCCCUUUCUGCUGUUCAUCAUGGCCAACAUCCCCCUGCCCCUGGGCACUAUCACCAUCCUCUGCAUUGAUCUGGGCACCGACAUGGUUCCUGCCAUCUCCCUGGCAUAUGAAGCUGCUGAGAGCGACAUCAUGAAGAGGCAGCCCCGAAACCCACGCACUGACAAGCUGGUGAACGAGAGGCUCAUUAGCAUGGCUUACGGGCAGAUUGGAAUGAUCCAGGCACUCGGGGGCUUUUUCUCCUACUUUGUCAUCCUGGCGGAAAACGGCUUCUUGCCCAACAACCUAGUGGGCAUCCGGCUGAACUGGGAUGACCGCACCAUCAAUGACCUGGAGGACAGUUAUGGACAGCAGUGGACCUACGAGCAGAGGAAAGUGGUGGAGUUCACCUGCCACACAGCCUUCUUCGUGAGCAUAGUGGUGGUCCAGUGGGCUGACCUGAUCAUCUGCAAGACCCGGCGGAACUCCGUCUUCCAACAGGGCAUGAAGAACAAGAUUCUGAUCUUUGGACUGUUCGAGGAGACGGCCCUGGCCGCCUUCCUGUCCUACUGCCCCGGCAUGGACGUGGCCCUCCGCAUGUACCCGCUCAAGCCCAGCUGGUGGUUCUGUGCCUUCCCGUACAGUUUCCUCAUCUUCGUCUACGACGAAAUCCGCAAACUCAUUCUGCGCAGGAACCCCGGGGGUUGGGUGGAGAAAGAAACCUACUACUGACCUCACCUCGGCCCACAUGCGUCUCUUCUCUUCCCUGCCCCCCCCCACGCCCAGGACAACUCCCUCCAGGCCCCCCGUAUUUUGUAUUCUGGGGGAGGGGCCUCUCUCCCCGUGGCCCCGCCCAGGCCCCCCCAUCCCUCCAGGUAUCUGCCUCUCGCCCCUCUGGUUGGCUUCUCGCCCCGUCCUGGUCCCGCCCCUGGCCUGGCCCCUCCCCUUUCUGUGUCUGUUUCUCGCUCCUCACCCCUCAACCCCCUCCCUGGGCUCUUUUAUACUCCCCCCAUCACCCCGGCACUGAUUCUGGACAAUUAUCAAAUAUAUCCGUGGGAGAGAGAA